AAUGCCCUCCUCAUAUUUUCACUCUCUCACUCUGACUCUCAAUUCUAACCCAAAAAGGACUAGUAGUACUAUCAGAUGUCAAUCAACAAGUACUGAUGAACCAAAAACCAAAAGAAAUUUACUAGAUAAUGCUAGCAACCUCCUUACCAAUUUGUUAAGUGGAGGAAGUCUUGGGUCUAUGCCUAUAGCUGAAGGUGCAGUCUCGGAUUUGUUUGAUCGGCCUUUCUUCUUUUCACUCUAUGAUUGGUUCAUAGAGCAUGGCUCUGUGUAUAAACUUGCUUUUGGGCCAAAAGCAUUUGUUGUUGUAUCGGAUCCUAUCGUUGCAAGACAUGUUCUUCGAGAAAAUGCAUUUUGUUAUGACAAGGGAGUCCUAGCUGAUAUACUAGAACCAAUAAUGGGCAAAGGGCUUAUACCUGCAGAUCUUGACACUUGGAAGCAGAGGAGAAGAGUUAUUGCUCCUGGGUUCCAUGCCUUAUACUUGAGGCUAUGGUCAAGAUAUUUACUGAUUGUUCAGAAAGAACAAUAUUGAAAUUUGAGAAGCUUCUACAAGAAGAGACAUUGAACAGAGGGAGGAAGACAA